CCUGUCACUAUUAUCCUUGAUUUGAUAGUGGCAUCUCUUUGUGGGUCUCACAUACACAGACCAGCUCCCAGGAGAUUGGCAGUCGGGUGAGAGGCUACCAACACCAUGUUCUGCACGAAACUGAAGGAUCUCAAGAUCACAGGAGAGUGUCCUUUCUCCUUACUGACUCCGGGUCAGGUUCCAAAAGAACUAGCUGAGGAUGCUGCUGGAGGCACAGAGAGCAGCAAGGCAGCUUCCCCCGUCUGCCAGGAUGUUCCUGAGAAAAAUGUCCAAGGAGAUCUUCCUCAAAGAAAGACCAGUCGGAGCCGAGUCUAUCUUCACACUUUGGCCGAGAGUAUUUGCAAACUGAUUUUCCCGGAGUUUGAAAGACUGAACCUUGCCCUUCAGAGAACAUUGGCAAAACAUAAAAUAAAAGAAGGCAGGAAAUAUUUGGAAAGAGAAGACUUUGAGAAAAUCAUCACCGACCAUGCAGUUGCAGCAGGUGUUCCAGUGGAGAUCAUCAGAGAAUCCCUUGGUGAAGAGCUUUUCAAAAUAUGUUACGAGGAAGAUGAACAUAUUCUGGGUGUCGUUGGAGGAACUCUUAAAGAUUUUUUGAAUAGCUUCAGUACUCUUUUGAAACAGAGCAGCCAUUGCCAAGAAACAGAAAAGAGAGACCGGAUUGAUGACGCCUCCAUUCUCUGUCUGGAUAAAGAUCACAAUUUUUUAAACGUCUACUAUUUCUUUCCCAAGAGAACAACAUCUCUGAUUCUUCCAGGUAUCAUCAAGGCAGCAGCUCACAUACUGUACGAAACUGAAGUAGAAGUGUCAUUAAUGCCAUCCUGCUUCCACAACGAUUGCACCGAGUUUGUUAACCAACCCUUUUUAUCCUAUUCUGUUCACAUCAAAAGCACCAAACCAUCCUUGUCUCCAGGCAAACCACAAUCCUCUCUGGUGAUCCCUGCAUCGCUCUUCUGUAAGACAUUUCCCUUCCAUUUUAUGUUUGACAAAGAGAUGACAAUUCUGCAAUUUGGUAAUGGCAUUAGAAGGCUUAUGAGCCGGAGAGAUUUUCAAGGAAAGCCUAAUUUUGAAGAGUACUUUGAAAUUCUUACUCCAAAAAUCAACCAAACAUUUAGUGGAAUCAUGACUAUGUUGAAUAUGCAGUUUGUUGUACGAGUGAGGAGAUGGGACAACUCAGUGAAGAAAUCUUCAAGGGUUAUGGAUCUGAAAGGUCAAAUGAUCUACAUUGUCGAAUCUAGUGCAAUCUUGUUCCUGGGGUCACCCUGUGUGGACAGAUUAGAAGACUUCACCGGACGAGGGCUCUACCUUUCCGACAUCCCGAUUCAUAAUGCACUGAGGGAUGUGGUCUUGAUAGGUGAGCAAGCCCGAGCUCAAGAUGGCCUGAAGAAGAGGCUCGGGAAGCUCAAGGCCACCCUUGAACAGGCCCACCAAGCCCUGGAGGAAGAGAAGAAGAAGACAGUCGACCUUCUGUGCUCUAUAUUUCCCAGUGAAGUUGCUCAGCAGCUGUGGCAAGGACAAGUUGUGCAGGCCAAGAAAUUCAACAAUGUCACCAUGCUCUUCUCAGACAUUGUUGGAUUCACAGCCAUCUGCUCCCAGUGCUCACCCCUGCAGGUCAUCACCAUGCUCAAUGCGCUGUACACCCGUUUCGACCGGCAGUGUGGGGAGCUGGACGUCUACAAGGUGGAGACCAUAGGUGAUGCAUAUUGUGUUGCUGGAGGAUUGCACAGAGAAAGUGAUACUCACGCCGUUCAAAUAGCGCUGAUGGCCCUCAAGAUGAUGGAGCUCUCCGAUGAAGUCAUGUCUCCCCAUGGAGAACCUAUUAAGAUGCGAAUUGGACUGCAUUCUGGCUCAGUUUUUGCUGGAGUAGUUGGAGUUAAAAUGCCCCGCUACUGUCUCUUUGGGAACAAUGUCACCCUGGCCAACAAAUUUGAGUCCUGCAGUGUCCCACGGAAGAUCAAUGUCAGUCCAACCACUUACAGAUUACUCAAAGACUGUCCUGGUUUUGUAUUUACCCCUCGAUCAAGGGAGGACCUUCCACCAAACUUUCCCAGUGAAAUUCCUGGAAUCUGCCAUUUUCUGGAUGCUUAUCUGCAAGGAUCAAAUUCAAAGCCGUGGUUCCAAAAAAGAAAUGACGAAGAUGGCAAUGCUAAUUUUUUAGGCAAAGCAUCCGGGGUAGAUUAGAAAAAUAUAUUGCUGAGUAAAAGUCUUCGGGGUUUGACUCUUUUGUGGCUGUCUGGACCCUCAAAAAGCACUUUAAGAUCACAGAUGGCUGAAUCACAGCACUCAAGACCUUAAGGCACAGUCUAAUUUUCGUCCCACUUAACAAGAUAAAAAUGCAUUCACGUCAAUAUUUCAACUCU